AUAGUGGAGUUUAUAAUACAAUCUGCAAUAUGAACUUCAUUGGAAUUAAAAGAAACACACAAACCAUGCAUAAACCAUUACAGUGCAUGAUUUAAUGAUUCACGUAAAAAUGAAUGGUUUAUUGUUCCUAUUUUCUACUUUUUUUAUUGUGUAUUGGUGUAUUCCACGUGGCUGGUCAUUCAAUAACAACACACUGUUGCUGAUUUGCUCUUUCGAUGGAUUCCGAUAUGACUACGUAUACCAAAAUGUUACCCCCACCUUGUUGAAUUUAAAAAAGAAAGGUUCUUCUCCACUGUAUAUGAAUCCGAUUUAUCCCAGUCUAACAAUGCCAAACCAUGCCUCCAUCUCUACAGGACUGUAUGCUGAGACCCAUGGAGUAUUGGAUAACAAACUUUACGAUAAAAAAACCGACAGAGUUCUUUAUUACGAAGCCGAUAUGUAUCACUACAACGAUGAUGUUGUCCCUUUAUGGAUUCAGAACGAGAAGGCAGGGGGAGGUCGCACGAGUGGCUGCAUGUCAUGGCCAGGAUGUGAGUUCAAGUACCAAGAUUCUCUACCGACCUACAACUUCCGCCAACCUUUCUCCUCGUGGGAGUACCGAAUCGACCUGAUGGUGGACUGGUUUACUGAUCAAGAAAAUCCGGCCAAUCUUGUUAUGGCGCACUUUGAAAACCCUGAUGAAGCUUGUCACUUGUUGGGUGGACCGGAUUCAAAGGGAGUGAAUGAAGCACUCUCCGAAAUUGAAGACAUAGUAAAAUACAUGUUGAAGAGAUUUGAAGAAGAAGGUCUGCAGAGUAGACUGAAUAUUAUGUUUGUCAGUGAUCAUGGAUGUGUGCGUGUGCAUCAGCCAGAUUAUAUAAUUUAUCUCGACGAGUAUGUUGACAAAUCUUUAUACAUUAGAUCGGGAGAGUCAACGAGCGCCUUGAUCUAUCCUAUUGAAGGUAAAGAAGCAGAGGUACUGGAGGCACUGAAAAAGGGAAGUCAGGAGAAAGACUCGCACUUCACCACCUACUCCAGGCCCGAGAUUCCACACCGUUUUCACUUCAAGAACUGUGAUAGAACCCCUCCCAUUUUACUGACAGCAGAGUUAGGAUAUCUCUUUGAUGGCGACAUAUUUAAUUUUGAGCUUGGACAACAUGGGUACGACCCCAAACAUAUUCAAAUGAAGUCAUUCUUCUUAGCAAUUGGUCCUUUGUUCAAAAAGAAUGUUCAAAUGGACCCAUUUGAGAAUAUCCACAUCUAUCCUCUGACAGCUUAUAUACUUGGUCUACCUCCACCUGCGGUACCACCCAAUGGUACUCUCUCUGUGUUACAGGGUAUAUUAACUAAUCCUGUGCCAGUGAAGAAAAGUAAUACUCGCAAACCAGAAGAAACUCUCAUCUUCAGAGCGUGAUGUGCUGGGCAACAUCUAACUGAAACUACAGUAUCUGCUAUCUGAACUCUGUUUAUCCUAUUCUCAUCACACAAACUCGAAUGUAAUGAACCUCAAGUAUUCAUAUCUCUGAUUAUCUGAAUGCUACGAUGAUCAAGAUUCUAGUUAUCUGGUCUGUAUCCCAGUAUGAACAUAAGUUCAUAUGUUCAGAAAAUUGAAAUAGAGAGAAUAAAUGAAAAUGAGUUAUAUUGGUAAAACUCAGCAUUUUCUCAAAUCUCGGCUAUUCCAUCUCCGACUCAGAUAAUGGCCAACACUAGACUAACUGUGCAAUGUAAUUAUUUACUGUGUAUAAAUAAAAUUAAAAAAAAAUUGAACUCUGGUAUUUACUUUCUAAUAAAUAAAUCUUUUGGGUGCUCAAAAACAUGGAACAAAAUUUUCCAAGUGUUCCGAGUUUUAAUAUGAACUGAACCUAAAAUUGUUCAAGCUGAAAUAAGUCUUUUUGUACCAGUUCUAAAAAUGUGCAACUUUUUAAUAAAUCACAACAUCUGCUUCAAAUUUGUUUAUUGUUUAACUCAUUGAAACUUUUUUAAGAAAAAAUGGUUCAUUCCUACAUAAA